GCGAGGGGGCUCGUUGGCGCCGGCGCCGCCUCGUGCCGCCCGCGGCGCCGGCAGGGGAAGGGGCAGGAAGGGGCGCGAUGCUGGCCGACAGCCUGGUGGAGGAGUUCGAGAUCCGCGAGGAUGAGCCCUGGUACGACCAGCAGGACCUGCAGCAAGACCUCCACCUCGCUGCUGAGCUUGGGAAGACGCUACUGGAUCGUAACACUGAGCUAGAGGAAUCUUUACAGCAAAUGUAUGCAACGAAUCAAGAGCAACUGCAGGAGAUAGAGUACCUCACAAAGCAAGUUGAGCUCUUGCGUCAGAUGAAUGAUCAGCAUGCAAAGGUAUAUGAACAGCUGGAUGUUACAGCAAGAGAGCUGGAGGACACGAAUCAAAAACUAGUUGCAGAGAGCAGAGCAUCGCAACAAAAGAUACUAAGCUUGACAGAGACUAUUGAAAGUCUGCAAACACACAUAGAUGACCUGCAAAGACAAGUAGACGAACUGAAGAAGUCUGGACGAGGCCGGAUAAGCCAUGAGAGAUCUGACCAGCCAAGAUCAAUGCAUAGUUUCUCAUGUUUGAAGGAGCUGUAUGACCUUCGCCAGUAUUUCGUUUAUGAUCAUGUGUUUGCAGAAAAAAUUACUUCAAUGGAUAAUCAGCUAAGCCCCCUAGAAGAAGAAAAUGAGAACUUAAAAAAGGCAGUGACAGUUUUGCAAGCCCAACUUAACCUAGAAAAAGAGAAGAGAGUAACAAUGGAAGAGGAGUACAGUCUCAUGGUAAAAGAAAACUGUGACCUUGAACAGAGGCUAGUUGACAUAGACUUAUAUCGGGCUCGUGCAGAGGAGCUGGAAGUGGAAGUCACUGAAAUGCGACAAAUGCUUCAGUCUGAAAACACAUUCCACAAUGCAGAGAAAUUGGUGCCAGAAUCUUUUUUUAUUUCUUUCAAAGAACCCUUAGAAAGGGAGCUUGAUCAGAGCCCUGCAGAUGAUGGACUUCUGACUGUCUCAGAGCUUGACAAGAAGGCCCUGAAAAGAAGCAACAGUGAAACCUUCCUAAGCAGUGCUGCAGGGGGAGACAUUCUAAGGGGCCAUGAAGAAACAUGCAUCAGGAGAGCUGAAGCUGUGAAGCAGCGAGGAAUCUCUGUACUUAAUGAAGUUGAUGCCCAGUAUAAUGCUCUAAAGGUGAAGUAUGAGGAACUUUUGAAGAAGUGUCAGAUGGAUGAAGAGUCUGUGAAACACAAAGCUGUACAAACAUUGAAGCAGUAUUCCAAAGACCUUAAUGUGGGGAAUACCCCGUAUGAUCUUUCAGCUAGCAAUCAAGAGUUUACAAAUGUGGAACUGUGUGACUCUCCCACAAAUACUCUUCCUGAAUAUAAAGCACUCUUCAAGGAAAUCUUUAGCUGUAUCAAAAAGACAAAGGAAGAAAUCGAUGAACACAGAGCUAAGUACAAGUCUCUCUCUUCUCAGCCUUAAAUUGUAUGUGCUGAUGACCUAUUCUCUGUAGAUGAGUAAUCUGUUAGCAAAAAGGGGAGAAGAAAACUUCACGAAUGUCAGAAGCCCCCUUAUAUUGAUGUAUCUUUGAAGACUCAAAGUGAAUGUUUUGGAUUGGCUUGUAAAUUUGUAGUUAACAAGUUUGUUAGUUAUGGGCUAGUCUCUCUGUACCUAUGUAGCAGUAGAUUUAAUGUUUAGUAUAAUCCACAAGCUAAAGAUUGUAAAGCAAACAAACAUCAUAGCUUUAUUUUCAUACUAGACUUAAUCUUUGGCCAGAGCAGUAAUUGAUAAUAUAUCUUAGUCCACUUCAAAAAUAACAGAUCUAAGCAAUCUGCACUGUUCCUUUCACAAGAAACUGGACUAAAGCUUUGGGUCACAGGUAAUGCCCUGUUAAAUAUGUUGGUGUAGAAAAUAAACAAUAAUGGAACCCCAGAACACUCUUAUGGGCAGCCUCUCCUUAAUUUUUGAGUAUGAAGUUAGCAGUCUAAGUCUAGCUGAGCUUGCUUUGGCAGGGAGGUCAAGAGCUGGCAGAGCACCUUGUACUGUGCUUAGUUUAAGCUAAUACCGCAUUCACAUGCACUAAGCUCUCCCACAUUAUUAUAAAUGUCUUUCUACUUAAAAAAAAAAAAAAAAAAAAAAAAAAAAAAAAAAGAAUAUGAUGAAGUUUGUGCGAUUCUUUUGUAUGGUUUAUUUAGGACACUUUGUCUUAAAGCAAGAUACUGUGAAUUGAUGUUUGUUACCUAGGACUUACUGUUCUUUCUUUCUUUCUUUUUUUUGGUGGUAUACCUGCAAAGUGCAUCUGUGUUUUUGUGUAUUUGGUAAGAUAGAAAGUUGGAAUUUAGCUAUUUAACUCUAGCAGUAGCAUUAACAUAGUGGAAUAGCUUUUUAGCUUACGUACUGCAAACUCCAAGUUCUUCAAGGUGACAGGCCAGGUAAAACCUUAAUAUAUGGUUUUGUCUGUUGCUUCCAGCUUGAGAUUUUGUAGACCUGUCCCAUGCUGUUGGGGGAAGGAGAGGUUGAGAUAACUCUGCCAGAACAUAUCCUACUGAAAACAGGGGACCAGCUCUCUUCCUUCUCUAUUCCCUAAAAAUAUCUUGUAGGAAUUCAAAUUCUGCAAAACAGAGUAUGGAGAAGUAGCUUCUUUUAAAAAUGGCUUCAAAAAUGGAAAAUAAGGGUUAAGAGAUCAAGGAGGAAAAAGGCUCUCUGAAAGGUGACAGCCUUCUUAUAAUGGGUCUCAUAAUUUUGUCAGCUGUUUAUGGAAAGCAACUUAAUGCCUGUCUGUUUGAGUUGCUGCAAUGUACUACACAGUGUUGAUAACUUCUUAGCUUUAGUUCAACUGCUGCUGUUACAGUCUAGUCUUGUCUGCCUUAUGUACACUGUUAAGCUUUUGUAUAGUUGUCCUUCAGUUGCAGUAUUAAGACUUCACAUUGUGAGAAUUUACCAAAACAUGUACUGAAUUCUAAAAACUAUUUAAAAGGGGGAAUCUGAGUUUUGUGAAUAUUUUUUUUUCUAAGCAAAUAAAUAAUCCAGUCAAACUACAUGUGUAAGCUACUAAUCAUGCAAUACCUAUGCAGAUCAGGAAACAGUAGACUUGGUGCAGAUAGCACCUUCAUUAUCUAGCGUUGCCAUCUUUCCCAGAUAGCUCAGAUGGAGUUCCCAUUAAAUUUGUAUUUAAGAAGUUACACUAAAUGGCAAAGGAUAGGCAUAUCUGGGGUAGAAAGCCAAAGGAAACUAAUUACUAUUUCAUUGGUGGGGUGUUUGUCACUACAGUUUGGGAUGUUUUUUUUUUAAGGAGUUGUUCCUCUGCCACCAGGUUAACUAUAUAGUCACUGAAUCCUCAUCACCUGCAGCUGGAGGCCUGCCCCAAUUCAGAUACUAGAGAGCAGAAACCCUAACUGAAAGCUGCAAUACUGCUAGUUACCAACUAUUUACCAAAUUUAGGAGGACAGAGAUCUAAGCCUGUUGUACCAGAAGAUAUAUGAACAGAAUUAAGAAUUGAUGAUUAAAUGCUUGAUCUUCAAUGGCUUAUUACCGCUGGCUAAUUUGCUGCAUUUUUGUGUACAGCUUUAAAUCGAUUCAAAAUGUUUUCAGAUCUCCCUAGAACCACUUGAUUCUCCUGUAAUGUAACUUGCCCUCAGCCACUUGUGCUACUGCUAAGCUCUGGCUGUGCUUUAGUGUACGAAACACUUAACUGUACAUCUCGUGCAAUAAAAAAAAAAAAAACCCAAGGCUUAGUUCCUCUCUUAAAACUUCUCUGACUGUGGCUUUGCCAGGUGCACAGCUAUAGGGAAUACUCUGGCAUCACAGUUGUGCUGGGCAAGUCCCAGCCAUGGGUGCAUAGAGCAAACCAUGACGAAGGCAGCAAAAGCUGCCUGAACCCCCCCCACCCUUAUGCUGCAAUAGAGCAUUAGUGACUAGUGAACACACUGACAUAAGUUAGAGGUUUAGCUGUUUAAACACCAAGUACAUCUUACUUAAUAUUUUACCUUUCUGUGAAAGUACAGCAACAAAUCUGUUUUCCUGCACAGCCUCUCUCUAUAUAUACUGUAACAAUAAUAUCAUUUUUCCUCAGGGGGUACCAAAGCACUUAAACUCAUACAUCACAGCUAUCACCUUAUUUUUUUCCUUUAUAUUACUUGGAAACCAAACUAGAGAGUUAAAAGUCCCUGGCUGAGAUGGCAGAGCCCAGCUCCACACAGGGUUUAGAAUGCAAAUACAAGUUGUUACCUGGCUUAACUACUUUAGUUCCCUUAUUUCAGUCCACAACUCCAUUCAGCCUUUUCUGAAAAGAAUUAGAUGAAAUCAGUAGAAUCUCCUUUAGCUCCUCUCAUACAAUUGAAAAUUUAACCAAACAAAAACCAUGAACUGUGGAAUAGCCAUGUUCUACAAUUCUUACAAUAAAUGAUUCCUUAUCAUAUUAUAACUGAAUUCAAUGAUAGACUUCUCAGAAAAAGAUCAGUUACUGUACUUUGUGCAACAAGCCCUUAUCUGGAUAGCCAACUCUAGGCAACCCUAAAGAAUAUGAUGCAAGCAGAAUAAUUUAAAGCAAUUUAAGAGGUGGCUUAUUAUAUACCUUUGCUAGAACUUUCCUGAGCUCUCCUUCCUUUACAAGCCUCCCAAGUUACUGAAGGAGUUAGGGUAGCUUUCAGGUCUUCACAGACAAAUACAAGAGGGCUAGAGGAAGAUGUCACAGUUGACCUUCAAGAUAAAAUUUUAUUUUAAAAGAAUUACACAAAAUAUAGGUUUUACAUUGGUGUUAAGUGUGAUAACUACAGCUGGAUGCCUUCCAGGCCAUGCGUUGUUACUUACCUUGUUGUAUCUGCAUGCAGUAAUGCAAAAUACCCCUCAAAACCAACCUGCACCAGUAAAAAGAAGCCAGUAGUUGUUCCACAUCUGUUUCAAACAUAAUUACUUUUUGUUAUAACUCAUUUCACAAACAACAGCUGAGAACAUUUGCUCUGUGGUACAAAGUUUAAAUACAGCAGUAUUAGUUUCCUUCACCCACCCAUCCCUUGGCCUGACAUCUUCAUGAACAUCACUAUUUCUUCUUUAUAAAAGUUGGGUACAAGGGCUAUUGUAACACUCAGACUAAGGUAUGAGCAUCUAGAUAUUUAACAAAGACUGGGAUGUUUGUAAACAAUUUUAAUUUAUUGGCAUUACUUACAAAAUAAAAUAUUAACCAUGA